GCAGAGCGCAGCGCACCUCAGAGUCCCAGCCACAGUCAGCAGCGGAGAGAGCCAGGAAAAGUUGUCCAAAUGGAGUUCUUUGGUGGAGUCAGACAUUUGUUAUUUUCAUAUGUACUUAUCAACGGCAUAUUCAUCACAUUACAGACGAAAGAAGAGGUGCUUCUGGACAUGAGGGCAACAGGAGGUGAACUGGGCUGGCUGACAUGGCCCUUAGACCAGGGAGACAAGUCUGGGUGGGAGGUCGUCCAGAGGACUCUGAAUGGCUCUCAGUUUUAUACCUACUCUGUCUGUAACGUUGGAGAACGUGAGCAGGACAACUGGCUGCGCACCACCUUCAUCCAGCGGCGUCCAUCUGCCUCCCGGGUUUUUGUGGAGCUUCAGUUUAUUGUACGCGACUGCAACUCAUUUGACGGAGCCUCAUUAACCUGCAAGGAAACCUUCAACCUCUUCACGUCUGAGUCAGACGCAGAUGUGGGCACCACCUUCCGCAAGGGCCAGUUUAGAAAGGUGGCCACCAUAGCUCCUGAUGAGAUCACCAGCAAAAACGAGCUGCGCAUCAACCAAGAGACACGAGUGGUGGAGAACCUGUCUCGAAAAGGUUUCUACUUGGCCUUCCAAGACAUUGGAGCCUGUGUCGCUCUCCUCUCUGUCAGGGUCUAUUAUAAAACUUGCCCGGCCACAGUGAAGAGCCUUGCAUUGUUCCCUGAGGCCGUGGCUGGAGGCAAGAAUGGUGGGCUUAUGCAAGUGACCGGGGUAUGCGUGGACAACGCCGUCAGUGAGGAGUUGCCUCGCAUCUACUGCACUGUGGACGGGGAGUGGGUGGUACCAGUUGGACUGUGUCAGUGCAAACCUGGCUAUGAAGAAGUUGAAGACGGUUGUCAAGAAUGUCAGCCUGGCUUCUUUAAAGCUGCAGCAUCUGCUAGCAAGUGUGAGCCAUGCCCUGCCAACACCCAGAGGCUGGACUCUGGGGCUUUGUUUUGUCCCUGCAUGGAUGGCUUCUACCGGGCCCCAGCUGACCCCCCCACUGGAAACUGCUCAGGCCUUCCUUCUGCCCCACGAGAUGUUAUGGCCACCACCACCCAACUCUCUGCAGGGAGACUCUUGCUCUCCUGGAGCCCACCUGAAGACACUGGAGGUCGAACUGACAUCACCUACAGUGUUGAAUGCCAGCGCUGCGAGGGCAUUGUGUGCCAACCCUGUGGGGAGAAAAUUCGCUAUGAACCAGCCAGCAUGGGUCUGACUGACACUAAGGUUUCAGUGAGCGAGCUGGAUGCUCAUCUCAACUACACUUUCAUUGUGGCGGCACAUAGUGGUGUGUCGCUGUUUGCUGGCCAGGGACUGCCUCGGGCUCAUAGGCCGCCAUCCACCAGUGCUCUGACUACAUCUCUGCAUUACACAGAGCCUCCCAAAAUUACCACCAUGCGGCUGGUUGAAAAGACCUCAUUCAGCCUGUCUCUGUCCUGGGAUGUUUCCCCCCGACCACGAGUCCAAUCCAGGCCCAUCCGUUAUGAACUUACCUACCGGAAGAAGGAUGAUAACCUGGAUGUGACGACCUACACUGUGCUCAUACUCGAGAAGAACUCUGUACAGAUCAGUGAUCUGGCCUCAGGCACAGCCUACCUGUUCAGGGUUCAGGCCCUCAGCAGUGAUGGCAGCCCUGGAGGAUCCGGCAUGGAGGAACAGUUUGAGACAUUGCCUGACGGCCACCUUACUCACAACAAUACAGCAGUAAUCUUUGGUGCGGCAGUUGGAGGAGCGGCCAUGUUGUUCAUCGUAUUUGUGGUCCUGUUCCUGCGCAAACGGAAGAGAAACUCUCACACCAGGCAAGGACCAGAGGACACCUACUUCUCCAGCCCAGAGCAAUUGAAGCCCCUGAAAACCUAUGUGGAUCCGCACACAUAUGAGGACCCCAAUGUAGCCGUCCUGAAGUUUGCCACUGAAAUCCACCCCAGCCACAUAACUAAACAGAAAGUCAUUGGAGCUGGAGAGUUUGGUGAGGUGUACCGUGGUAUUCUGAAGGUGCCAGGGAGGAAGGAGGUGGCAGUGGCUAUCAAGACGCUGAAGCCCGGCUACACAGAGAAACAGAGGCAGGAUUUUCUGAGUGAGGCCUCCAUCAUGGGCCAGUUCUCCCACCAGAAUAUCAUUCGUCUAGAGGGAGUGGUCACCAAAUGUAAGGACUACUUUAAACAUGCAAUGAUCGUGACUGAAUACAUGGAGAAUGGAGCUCUGGAUCGGUACCUCAGGGACCAUGAUGGGGAGUUUUCCUCCUUCCAGCUGGUGGGCAUGCUGCGCGGCAUUGCUGCAGGCAUGAAGUACCUCUCUGACAUGAGCUACGUCCACCGUGACCUGGCUGCCCGCAACAUUCUGGUCAACAACACCCUCGAGUGUAAAGUGUCUGACUUCGGCCUGUCUCGAGUGCUGGAGGAUGAUCCUGAGGGGACGUACACCACAAGUGGAGGCAAGAUCCCCAUUCGCUGGACAGCUCCAGAGGCAAUUGCAUACAGGAAGUUCACCUCAGCUAGUGACGUGUGGAGUUUUGGCAUCGUCAUGUGGGAGGUCAUGGCUUUUGGUGAAAGACCUUAUUGGGACAUGAGCAACCACGAGGUGAUGAAGGCUAUCAAUGAGGCGUUCAGGCUGCCAGCCCCUAUGGACUGUCCCUCAGCUGUUUACCAGCUGAUGCUGCAGUGCUGGCUCCAGGAUCGCUCUAAGAGGCCACGGUUCGGAGACAUCGUCAGCCUGCUGGACAAGUUGCUGCGGAGCCCAGACUCCCUGAAGACCAUUGCAGACUUUGACCCACGUGUAUCCAUCCGCCUGCCCAGCACCAGUGGCUCCGAUGGUUCUCCAUUCAGGUCAGUGUCUGAAUGGUUGGAGUCCAUCAAGAUGAGUCAGUACAGCGAGAACUUCAACUGCGCUGGGAUCAUCACCAUGGACCAGGUCCUGCAGAUGAAGAAUGAGGAUAUUAAGAACAUCGGGGUGAGGCUGCCUGGCCAUUUGAAAAGAAUCGCCUACAGCAUCUUGGGCUUAAAGGACCAGACCAGCACCUUGAGUGUGUUUGCAGUGUGAUCCUUGCAGCGGAGGGAAUUAAAUUGAGACACUGCAGCAGGGCAGCCCUUUGAACUCUAAGCUGAGCUGGAGCAAUACUGCAGGGGCGGCAUUGGAUCAGCAGAACCAAGAGAACUGUGCCAUCCUUUUGGGCCGACUGAAUCAGACUGACUUACUGUACAUUUUUGAUUUCUUCACAUUAUCCAUAGGGAAUGGAGCAAAUACAACACAAUAGAUGUAUCAAGUAGACUCAUUAUAUUUAAAUAUGUAUUUUUAUUACCCAUGUCUUCUGUACAGAUACAGUUAAUUGCUCAUGCAAUUUAUUUUCUAUCUUCCAUUCCUGCUUCAUAAAAAUCAACAAUCAAUCCACCUCUGGGAAUGGCUUCAGCUUUAGAAAACUGCACGCUGAGCUUCUUGCAUCCAAGAGCAAACAAAUAAGGGAAGCACGAGUGUGACAAUAUGGGAACAGUGAAGUCCAGCUUUGGCUCAGUUUGUGGUUGGCGCUGAUGUCACAGAAUCUCUCUUUAUUGGCACUUUGCUCCAUUUCCUCUUAGAACAAUGAGGAUGGAGCAUCGGGAGGGCUGAGAUGAGCUUGAGCUGGCCCAAAGUUAAAGAGACGGUGCUGCUUGCGUGUAUAAACACAGACGGACCUGGUGUUGUUAGCGGCCUCCUGCUGGCUCUGUGCAGAAAUUAAGCUAUAAUUUUAGAAGUGAUGUUUAUUUGAAAAAGAGAGAACAUAAAGUAUAUGAGGUACUCUUUGUGUACAGAUUCACUUUGUUUUCUUGUUUGUGGGCAAACCAAAAAAUGUUGAGAAUGAGAACUUAUAAUGUAGCACUUGGAUCAAGAAUCGAGUGAUCUUGAUUAGUCUUGGAAAUAAAAAAGGGCAAUUAUAUUCGCGAUUGUGAACUAAAAGAAACUGUGUCAAAGUGGGAAGUUGUUUCAAGUUUCAAUUAGAGUGCAGUACAGCUGUUAGUAGCGUGCCGGCAAUGAAGAGGGAAGAGAAAAUGCACAUACCUGGAAAAAAAAAGAUGCAAUGAUAAGUUGUGGUUAAUGAUUUCAUACUUAAUAAUAGUUUGGUUUGCAAUUUCAAUGCCUCAUUUAGUUUUUGUAAAAGCUUUACAAAUAUUCAGUUUCCUGUUGGUUUGAGUAACAUGCUGAUGGGGUGAAGCCAAGUGCUCUCACUAAGUGCUUGACUUAUUCCAGACAUUUAAAAACAUUUUUAAGUGCCUCUUUGUGCUAGAAUAGCAAGAGUUUGCUUCUGUCUGUUUAGAUGCAGCAGCUCUCCAAUGGUGAGUAGUGUAAAAUGGACUGUGUCCCCCAGUGCUCUUAAUUGAUGACUGCAAAUCAUUGUGUUACUGAUAUACACCUUCUUUUACUUGAAUUUUGACUGUAUUUUCAAAUGUAACUUUGAUUCUGUUGUAGCAGGUAAACCGAUGUUUGGAAAAGGGAUUUUUUUUUGUUAUUGCUCUGAUUUACUGGUUGCAGUUACAUUUUGUACAUUUGUAUGAUUUCACUAUUUACCAUAUUGCUAAACUGAUUAUUUUUCUAGGUUCCCAACACUUUCCAAGCUCCUACUUUUUUGCUGCCUUUCCAAACAUUUUGUUCCUUCAUCAAAGAGCAAACUCCUUCCAUUGCAAUUCCUUCCUUUUUGCCUGUUGUUUAUACUGUAUUUAAUAGUCUAUUUAUUUUAACUUUUAUUUAUUUAUCCUGAGAAACACUUAGCUGGGUUUGUAAUUAGAGGUUGCUCUCUCUCAUUUCUAAUAAAAUAAAAAAGCUUGAAUGUCUUUUUACUCUUGAAUUAUUAACACCUGAUAUUGCCUUCAUCACAUUUGUGGAGCAAUAAAGUCUUAAACUGA